UCUUAUAUACCAAUCUCCAUCGUUGCUGUUUUUGUUUCUGCAGCGCUAUAGCCAUCAUGGCGAUGCACGCGAAGUCAACCCCGCCGCAGAUCCCGGACACCCGCCGGGAGCUUGCUGAAUUGGUGAAGAGGAAACAGGAGCUCGCCGAGACACUGGUGAACUUGGAAAGACAAAUAUACGCCUUUGAAGGCAGCUACCUAGAAGAUACUCAGAUGUACGGCAACAUCAUCAGAGGGUGGGACCGAUACCUGACCAACCAGAAGAACUCCAACAGUAAAACGGACAGACGGAAUAGGAAAUUCAAGGAAGCUGAGCGUUUAUUCAGCAAAUCGUCCGUUACGUCAGUUGGAGCUAUAUCUGCACUCGGUGGAAUCCCAGAUCACAUGAAUGAGAAACGUGAAGCCGGCAGUGGAACAGAGAGCGACACUUCCCCAGAUCUCCAGAACCAAGAGAACGAGCCCAGCCAAGAGGACACCGAGGACGUGGACUCCACGCUGCAGGACCUGAAACCCCAGAAGGCGGCCUCCUCCUCCUCCUCCUCGGGCAGUCACCACGCCAGCCACAAAAAACGGAAGAACAAAAACAGACACAGCCCUUCUGCCAUGUUUGAUUAUGACUUUGAGUUCGACAUGAAAGUGAACAAGAAACCACGAGCUGAUUACUCCACUUGAAACUGACAACUGGAAUAAAAGCCCUGAACACGAGGAUGUAUGUAGAGAAACACAACAUUUCUGGACUUUGUGAAUUUUGUACGCCUUUAACUUUUUUGUCAUCAUUUUUUAAAAACAAAAUUCUGUCAUACGUGGCCAUUUGCUGUUGCUUGUAACAUUCCUUCCCCGACCACCACCACCAGUAAAAGCAGAUAAACCAGAGAGAGGUUUGUGGAGGACAGACUGGACGACUCCUCCAGGAACAAACCAUUUUGUAUAGUGUUUAAAAAAGGACUAUUUAUUGAUGUUUUUCAUUGUAAGAUUUUUUUUUUUUGUCUGUGAAAUAGCAUCAAAUAGCUGUAAAAAAAAAA